AUGGACGAGCUCGCUGGAGGCGGUGGUGGAGGUCCGGGGAUGUCGGCACCUCCCCGGCAGCAGCAGGGACCUGGGGGGAACAUGAACCUUUCGCCGGGGGGGAAUGGAGCGGCGGGCGGCGGGGGUCCUCCGGCCGCCGAGGGAGCGGGCCCCACGGCAGGCCCCGAGCUGUCCCGGCCGCAGCAGUACACUAUCCCGGGGAUACUGCACUACAUCCAGCACGAGUGGGCUCGAUUCGAGAUGGAGCGGGCGCACUGGGAGGUGGAGCGGGCCGAACUGCAGGCCCGGAUAGCAUUUUUGCAAGGAGAAAGAAAAGGUCAAGAAAACUUGAAGAAGGAUUUAGUAAGAAGAAUAAAAAUGUUAGAAUAUGCAUUAAAACAAGAAAGGGCAAAAUACCACAAAUUAAAAUAUGGCACAGAACUGAAUCAAGGAGAUUUGAAAAUGCCAACUUUUGAAUCAGAAGAAACCAAAGACACAGAGGCUCCCACAGUACCUCAGAAUAGCCAGCUAACGUGGAAGCAAGGCAGACAGCUGUUACGACAAUAUCUUCAAGAAGUAGGUUACACUGAUACAAUAUUAGAUGUACGAUCUCAGAGGGUAAGGUCGUUACUUGGACUGUCCAAUUCAGAACCAAAUGGAUCAGUAGAAACAAAAAAUUUAGAGCAGAUCCUGAAUGGAGGUGAAUCUCCUAAACCAAAAGGACAAGAAAUAAAAAGGCCCUCUGGGGAUGUUCUUGAGACAUUCAAUUUCUUAGAAAAUGCUGAUGACAGUGAUGAAGAUGAGGAAAAUGACAUGAUUGAAGGCAUCCCAGAAGGAAAAGAAAAACAUCGGAUGAAUAAACACAAAAUAGGUAAUGAAGGUUUAGCUGCUGACCUUACUGAUGACCCUGAUACUGAAGAAGCACUGAAAGAAUUUGAUUUUUUAGUGACUGCUGAAGAUGGUGAGGGCGCUGGAGAAGCACGGAGUUCAGGGGAUGGCACAGAAUGGGACAAAGAUGACCUCUCCCCAACUGCUGAGGUUUGGGAUAUAGACCAGGGACUAAUAAAUAAACUGAAGGAACAGUACAAGAAGGAACGAAAGGGGAAGAAAGGGGUGAAGAGGGUCAACAGGACAAAACUCUACGACAUGAUAGCUGAUCUGGGAGAUGAUGAGCUGGCCCACAUCCCUUCAGGAAUCAUUAAUCAGUCUAGGUCACCCUCUACUAGAAUGACCGAUCAUGAAGGUGCAAGAGCAGAGGAAGCUGAACCAAUAACGUUUCCAUCUGGAGGAGGCAAGUCAUUUAUUAUGGGUUCUGAUGAUGUUUUGUUAAGUGUACUGGGCCUUGGAGACCUUGCAGACUUGACGGUAACAAAUGAUGCAGACUAUAGUUAUGAUUUGCCUGCCAAUAAAGAUGCCUUUCGAAAGACAUGGAACCCCAAGUAUACCCUACGUAGUCAUUUUGAUGGAAUACGGGCGUUAGCUUUUCAUCCUGUAGAACCUGUGCUGGUGACUGCCUCUGAGGACCAUACUCUGAAACUUUGGAACUUGCAGAAAACUGUUCCUGCCAAGAAGAGUGCCUCUUUAGAUGUAGAGCCUAUCUACACAUUUAGGGCCCACAUUGGCCCUGUUCUAUCAUUAGCUAUUAGUUCUAAUGGAGAACAGUGUUUUAGUGGUGGUAUUGAUGCAACCAUCCAGUGGUGGAAUAUGCCUAGCCCUAAUGUGGAUCCAUAUGAUACAUAUGAGCCAAAUGUUCUAGGUGGCACUUUAGUUGCUCAUACAGAUGCAGUCUGGGGUCUUUCUUACAGUGGCAUAAAAAAUCAAUUACUAUCUUGCUCGGCAGAUGGCACUGUUAGGUUAUGGAAUCCACAAGAAAAAUUGCCGUGUAUUUGCACUUACAAUGGAGACAAGGAGUAUGGAAUACCUACAUCAGUUGACUUUAUAGGCUGUGAUCCAGCUCAUAUGGUGACCUCUUUCAACACUGGCAAUACAUUAAUUUAUGAUUUAGAAACAUCGCAGUCAUUGGUGGUGCUUUCAUCACAGGUAGAUUCUGGUUUGCAAUCCAGUAAUCACAUUAACAGAGUAGUAAGUCAUCCCACACUUCCUGUUACAAUAACAGCUCAUGAAGAUAGACAUAUCAAAUUUUUUGACAAUAAAACGGGUAAAAUGAUCCAUUCUAUGGUCGCUCAUUUGGAUGCUGUUACAAGUCUAGCAGUCGAUCCUAAUGGAAUCUAUUUGAUGUCUGGAAGCCAUGACUGUUCCAUUAGAUUGUGGAAUUUAGACAGCAAGACAUGUGUACAAGAAAUAACAGCGCACAGGAAGAAAUUGGAUGAAUCCAUUUAUGAUGUUGCUUUCCACCCAUCAAAAGCAUAUAUUGCCAGUGCAGGGGCUGAUGCCCUUGCCAAAGUAUUUGUGUGA